AUGAGGAAGGAAUAUGGCUGUCUUCCACCCAAGAAACUGCCUCAGAAGGAUCCCUUCCUGGGAACCGACGUCGUUUUUCAGAACCUCGCUGCUGCGAAGAAGUUUGGAUUCCUUGCUUUGUUGAAGAAGCGCCAUGCAGAGCAAGGACAGACAUUUACCACAAACACCUACUUCAGAACGACGAUAAACACCUGCGACCCUCGGCUCAUCCAGACUGUUCUGUCUAACCAGUUCGAAGAUUUCGGAAUGGGUCCUUUGAGACGGAAGAGCGCAUCACCUCUCCUUGGGCGUGGAAUCUUUACGACCGACAAUGAGAUCUGGGCCCAUCAGCGAGCUCUCAUUCGACCGAGCUUCAUUCGAGCUCAGGUUACCGACUUCAGCAUUUUUGAGACGCACGUGGACCAGCUUAUUCAGCUCAUUGCUCGCGAGAACUACACUGUCGACUUGCAGCAGCUUUUUUUCCGCAUGGUUCUCGACUCUAACAGUGAAUACCUGUUUGGAGAGUCUGUCGGCUUGAUGUCCGACAAUGCCUCCGAUUCCGCACACACUUUCCAUCACGCACUCGACUAUGCCCAGCAGGGUACCAUUCUUCGACUUCGAUUGGGCAACUUGAUGGUCGCCCAUAGGGAUGCCAAGUUCAGGGAAUCGUGCCGCAUCGUCCAUGCCUACGCCGAUAAAUUUGUGAAGCAGGCUUUAGAAUUUCGACAGCGUGAACUCAUGUUCCCUACCGAGAAGAAGGACGAGUACACCCGCCAGAAGUACGUCUUCCUCAACGAGCUGGCCAAGGACACGGACAACCCCAUCAUGCUACGAGACCAAAUCGUCAACAUGCUGCUCGCAGCGCGCGACACAACCGCAGGACUUCUUGCUUUCACAUUCUUCAUGCUGGCUCGCAAACCAGAGGUUUGGAAGAAGCUCAGAGCUGAUGUGCUUGAGCAUUACACCGAGCCCCUUACCUACGAUGCUGUUCAGGAGAUGACGUAUCUUCGUUUUGUCUUGCAAGAAACUCUCCGCCUUUUCCCUCCUAUUGCGACGAACAGCCGCAUGGCGAACAAGGACUGCGUUAUUCCGGUUGGGGGUGGUCCCGACGGACGUUCUCCCAUGUUUGUUGCCAAGAACAAUGUGGUUACAUACAGCACGUUCGUGAUGCAUCGCCGACCCGAGCUCUUCGGCCCCGAUGCUGAAGAAUUCAUUCCUGAGCGCUGGGAGACUUUCCGUCCUGGCUGGGAAUACCUGCCCUUCAAUGGCGGCCCGCGCGUUUGCCCUGGUCAGAAAUUCGCGCUCACCGAGUCGUCUUACACGGUUGCAAGGUUGCUGCAUGCCUUUUCCGGCAUCGAAAACUUGGAUCCGACUGAAUGGCGCGAGCAACUGACCUUGUCCCUGACACUGAACAACGGAGUCAAGGUGCGCCUCCACCCAGAGGCUUAG